CCCGCCUCCUCAGGCCGGCUCUCCCCUGCUUCGCCCCGCCUUUUGCCCCCCCGCCCUGGCGGCCAUGGCCAUUCCCGGCAUCCCCUAUGAGCGACGGCUUCUCAUCAUGGCGGACCCUAGAGAUAAGGCGCUUCAGGACUACCGCAAGAAGCUGCUGGAGCACAAGGAGAUCGACGGCCGUCUGAAGGAGUUAAGGGAACAAUUAAAAGAACUUACCAAGCAGUAUGAAAAGUCUGAAAAUGAUCUGAAGGCCCUACAAAGUGUUGGGCAGAUUGUGGGUGAAGUGCUUAAACAAUUAACUGAAGAAAAAUUCAUUGUUAAAGCUACAAAUGGACCAAGAUAUGUUGUGGGUUGUCGUCGACAGCUUGACAAAAGUAAGCUAAAGCCAGGAACAAGAGUUGCUUUGGAUAUGACUACACUAACUAUCAUGAGAUAUUUGCCAAGAGAGGUGGAUCCAUUAGUUUACAACAUGUCUCAUGAGGACCCUGGGAAUGUUUCUUAUUCUGAAAUUGGAGGGCUAUCAGAACAGAUUCGGGAAUUAAGAGAGGUUAUAGAAUUACCUCUCACAAACCCAGAAUUGUUCCAGCGUGUAGGAAUAAUACCCCCAAAAGGCUGUUUGUUAUAUGGACCACCAGGACUUUCAUCAUUCCUAGGCACAGGGAAAACACUCUUGGCACGAGCUGUUGCUAGCCAGCUGGACUGCAAUUUCUUAAAGGUUGUAUCUAGUUCUAUUGUAGACAAGUACAUUGGUGAAAGUGCUCGUUUGAUUAGAGAAAUGUUUAAUUAUGCGAGGGACCAUCAGCCAUGCAUCAUUUUUAUGGAUGAAAUAGAUGCUAUUGGUGGUCGUCGGUUUUCUGAGGGUACUUCAGCUGACAGAGAGAUUCAGAGAACUUUAAUGGAGUUACUGAAUCAGAUGGAUGGAUUUGAUACUCUGCAUAGAGUUAAAAUGAUCAUGGCUACAAACAGACCAGAUACACUGGACCCUGCAUUGCUACGUCCAGGAAGAUUAGAUAGAAAAAUACAUAUUGAUUUACCAAAUGAACAAGCAAGAUUAGAUAUAUUGAAAAUCCAUGCAGGUCCCAUUACAAAGCAUGGUGAAAUAGAUUAUGAAGCAAUUGUGAAACUUUCAGAUGGCUUUAAUGGAGCAGACCUGAGAAAUGUUUGUACUGAAGCAGGUAUGUUUGCAAUUCGUGCUGAUCAUGAUUUUGUAGUUCAGGAAGACUUCAUGAAAGCAGUCAGAAAAGUGGCUGAUUCUAAGAAGCUAGAGUCAAAAUUGGACUAUAAACCUGUUUAAUUUACUAUAAGGUUUUUGAUGGCUGCAUGACAGAUACUGACUUAAUGUAAAAAUGAAGUUAAGGGAAAUAAUGUGUGUAUUGGCAAUGAUCUCAAAAGUGUAUAAAUAAAAUGUAUGUGAAUAACAAAAA